AUGUCGAAGGAGCGUGGCACACGGCUGCCCGCCAUCGAGCUGCAGCGUAUCGGAUCUGAUCCGAUCGAAUGUCUGGAGGUCCAAUCGGACCUGGUGUGGCGGUGCAUCGGCUUGGACCACGAGCUGAUGCACUUUGUUUGCUAUGGGCCUCGACGUGUCUUGGAUGAGCCCCUCGCUUUAGAUGCCACAGGUUGCCGAAGCUUCCCGGUCUUCUCACCUAAUGGGCCCGUGAUUCCAAAGAUGUUGGACAUCUUCGCUGGUUCAGGUGCUGUUAGUCAUGCCUUGAGGACGCUUGGCUUUGACACCAUUGCCUCGGUGGACUUAGGUGAGCUUGCUUGCCAGAACCUUCGGAGCCAAGCGUGUGGAAUCACCGUCCAAGGUGACAUUCAGGACCCCAAAGUCGUUGAAUUGUUGCAUGACACCCUCACCGCCUCCGGGGUUGAAGGGUUCUGCGUUGCAGCUGGCUUCCCAUGCCAGCCCUUUUCGAGGCAGGGGAUGAUGUCAGGCUCGGCAGAUGCCCGUUUCGGGGCCUUCGUAGGACUCAUCUCGGCCGUUCGAUUUCUCAAACCCAAGCUCCUGAUGCUGGAAUGCGUGACGCAGGCGGGAGAAAGCAUGACCAUCAAGCAAAUGUUGCAAGAACUUUGCGAAAACUUCGGCUGGGUCAUGAGGGAUGUCUGCCUUGAGCUUGGCCAGCAAUGGCCUAUAAACCGUAGGAGAUGGUACUGUGUCAUGUCAGACCCGCGCAAUGUUCCUGACAGUCUUCCGGGUUGGGGAAUUGACCCCUGUCGACAAACCAUCGGUGACGUUUUGCCAUCUUUUUUGUCCAUGACACACCCGGGCAUGGAUGAGCUGCUUUUGAGUGAGCUUGAAACUGAAUGCUACUCUGACCCACGGCUUGGUCACGACAAAAGACAGUUGACCUUAGAUGACAAAUGCAACACAAUACUGCAUUCAUACGGCUCACCAUUGCAAAGCUGCCCGUGUGGCUGCAGGCAGUCAGGGUUUGCAAUUGCCAGCCUGGUUACCAAGGGGCUCAGGGGAUGUUUCGUGAUUUACCCCGGAGAUUCCAGGCCUAGGGAUUUGCACGCCGAUGAGCUUAGGCUCUUGUUUGCACUCCCACCAGGAAUGAAGCUGCCUGAGAACCAGAAGGAGGCACUUUGCCUGAUUGGUCUUAUUGCUGCGCCGCUGCAAGUGCUCUGGGUCAUGGGAAACGUGCUCUUGGCAGCUUCGAAAUAUGAUGAAAACAUUGCUCCCAUUGAUCCAAGCCUCAUCCUGCACGAGUACAAGGAGCGCAUUCUUGCUAGCACGCAGCCACAAGCACCGAGCUCUUUGCAUCUCAUCAGCUUGGACCAGAUCGGACAGCCUUCGUGGACAUGCAAGGUCACGCAUGAAGCCACGGUUUUUGACCUCUUGCGAGCAGAGAGAAUCAAUAAUGAAUGGGGACAUAAGGUCCGUGCAUUUGAGGACUCAGGGGAAAUUCCUGGUUUUGAUUUGCUGCUGGAGCAUCAACAUGGCACGAGGAUUGAACACUUGGCCAAGAAGAGCAAGACUGACCUCCACUCUGCCCGCAUCCUUUUGCAGUUCAAGAUUCGUGGCACCAGCCGCAUUGCACUACUGCCCCGUGGGAGUAUGCUUUUUGAGUUCUUUGACCAAAUCGAUGAUCAAAGACCCACAGCAUUGGUCAAUCUCACUGGUGAUGUUGUGCCUUUGGACACACGGAUCUGGUUUCCAGGCAGCUAUGUGGCCGUCGACACAGAUUCAUUUCCAUGUUGGCCUCUUCUCUUCCAGUUGGAAGGUAAGGGAAUUUCGCAGAAUGAGCCGUUGACAUCAGGCUGGUAUGAAGAAGAGGAGGAAAACUACACUAGUCAUCUUCUGGAGCAACAAGGUCUGGCACUAGAUCUUUUCUGGACGGCACGUUGGAUAGUUGACACGGUUGAGAUCUGGCCACAUGCCGCACAUCAGAGGAUCCUAGACAAGUGGGCCCAAGGUGGCUUCGACCAGGACCGUCGUUUUGGCAUCCUAUGGGAAGAUUUUCAUUGGAGUGCAUUCCUCAUCAUCCAAAAGAACGGGCAUCUCUUCGUGACCAUCCUAGAUAGCCACAAGACAGAGGCUACGGCAUACAUGGAUCUCUUCUUCGCCAGGGUCAGCCGAGCUCUUUCAUGUGCCAGCUACACAAUUCAAUUGAAGCAGGGAGUCGGACAAUCCCACGGAACACAUUGUGGAGCAGUUGCAGUGCUUAACAUUGCUGGCUUUCUGGACCAUACUCUGCACUUCAGCGAGCAAGAUGCCAUUCUGCUACACACUGAGAUUUUGGAGCAGAGAAGUACCAGUUCCAGCCAGCUGUCGCUGGCAUUCAUCUCGCCUACCCUCACGUGGCCGAUGAUUGGAGCAGGUCCAGACAUUCAGACCCAGCUUGCUGAGUUGAUACAUCAAAAAGGAGUUCCUGAAGAGGCCAAGAUUGCCAGGGCCCAGACAAUCCUUCAGAGGCUCGGCAUUCCUCAGGUGACUAAGAUCCUUGCAGAUCGAAACCCGUGGGCUGCACUCAAAAGCUCCGCCAGUAAGCCGGGGGUCUCCCUGCGAAUCCUGUCGGAGGAAGAAAAGAAUCAGUACAUUGAGAUGAGAGCCUCAACCAAGCAUGGUGCGAGCAUCAAGAACCACAAGGACAAGAAAGAGAGGGCACAGGCUUCCUCCUCGAAGACCGACGUCACCGAUAAGCUCAUCCCUUCGCAGCUCGUCCUGGACCCCAAGAUGUUCAAGGACGGCAACGGUGACCAGAUACCACAGCUUCAGUUUUCACAAGUUGAAGCGGACCAGCACGGUCUAGCUAUUUGCACCUUGAGUGAGGCGGCUGCCUUUCUCAACUCGCCCAAAUCCAUCAGCCCGCAUGCACUGGGCUUGCUGAUGCUGGAACCACCAGCUCCAGAAGUCAUGCAGAAAGCUGGAGCGGUCAAGAUGCGAUUUCCUGCGCAAUACAUGGUGACAGGUGAGCAAGUCUUGAUUUUCGGGGCCCUCCUGAGUAUUGGCGACAUUGACAUAGACAGAGCCACAGCUGGAUCGGUCUCCAAGCAGCCAGUCUUGCCGACGGCGAUCAUCAAAUUUACCUGCUACCGAGAUCAAUAUCCUGGAAGCUGGCAACAUUUCACUGAAGCACCAGUCAGGGAAAUUCUCAAGAUGUUUGAGCCGCUGAACUAUUGUGACGGCAAGAAUUGCGGCUCGGCUUGCAACAAGACUCAUCCAGACGUGGAUCAUACAUAUGAAGCGGUGAUCCUGGAACUUUGGGGCAGGCACUACACGGCAGCCACCGGGGCCAAGAAGACGCCAAAGGAAGCUGACUUGUUUUCCUUUCAAGUGAGGGUUCCCGCUGCCAUUGUGCUCACAUUGGUCUCCAACAACCCGACAGGGCUCUAUAGCGAUCCUCGCACAGAUGACUUUCGUGUAUCACAUCCUGAAUACUGCGUUAUUUGGCUCAACAAAGCUGGUUUCACGCAGGUUGAACACCUGAGCCGCACAUGUGCUUUUGCCCUCUCCAUUGCUAGGCAUCGACAGCGAUUUGGCAUUCGAGUCAAGAAAAGCGAUGAAGCAAAGGCCUGGGCACAGCUCAAACCGGAUCAGCACUUUCAGCCGGUGAAGAUCGAGCAGAUCUACGAGGUAUCACCUGUGCCUCACGGAACACGAAAGAAGACUAUGGAGAAAGUCAUGAAGGAAUGGAACUGGCCUUGUCGGGUGCUUCAGCCUGGACGAGGUUCCCACUUCCACAUGUCAUGGCAGGUAGGGGCACAAGAGGAGCCUCCAGCCCGAGUGAUGCAGGCCUUUCAGUCUGAUGUCCUGAUCAACCCCAUCCGCAAGGUCGAGGUUGAGGCGCUCAAGCCAAAGAUCAUUGUCCCACAAAAGACUCAGCAACACUUUCGACAGGUGAAUGUCAACAAACCUGAAGGAAACGAUCCUUGGCUGAAUAACAAUGAUCCUUGGGCACAGUAUCAGGCCUCUAGCUCAGUUGCUGCUCCGCUACCAGCGCCUGCUUCUACGAAACGGAUCGAAGAAAUCAAGGGCACGCUCCAGCAGGAGGUCAAGGAGGCCAUCCGGAAAGAGCUUCAAGCCGGACAUGCUGGUGAGGGCAUGUCUGAUACAGCUUCCGGCCGCAUGGACCACCUCGAGUCAUCUUUGCAGGAGGUCAAGAGCCAGAACAGUGCAAUCAAAGGAUGGAUCCAAGAUGCUCAGACCAAGCUGAACAGGCAAGAGGUCAUGAAUGACUAUUGCAGACCGGCAGCGCUCCUCGACUGGGACGCUGGCCGGGUUGGUUGA